GAUCUGGGGCUUGGAUGGCAGGACUUGGUAGCUGACCAGCUGCACUGGGGCCCUCUAUCAGGGCGUGGACUGCAGGACUCAGGGCUCAGCCUGCAGGACUUGGAGAUACUCGGCCUCUGUUCUGCCUCUUCACCCGAAAGCCACCCUUGUACACCUGUGUCAACAUGGAGCGUCCCUGUGGCCUCCUAACCCACCCAAAGGAGCCAGUGCCACUGAAGAGCAUCUCUGUGACCUUGUCCAUCUCUGAGUUUGUGGCUGGUGUGUCUGCUACCUUAAACUAUGAGAAUAAGGAGAAAGUUCCUUUGGAGGUCUUCUUUGUUUUCCCCAUGGAUGACGACUCCGCUGUCUACAGCUUUGAGGCCAUGGUGGAUGGGAAGAAAAUUGUGGCAGAAUUACAGGAGAAGAAUGAGGCCCGCACCAACUAUGAGGACGCCGUCAGCCAGGGCCACCAAGCCUUCCUGUUGGAGGAGGACGACAGCUCCAGGGACGUCUUCUGCUGUAAUUUGGGGAACCUGCCCCCCGGGUCGAAGGCGACCCUGGCCCUGAAGUACGUCCAGGAGCUGCCGCUGGACGCGGACGGGGCCCUGCGCUACGUGCUCCCCGCUGUGCUGAACCCCCGGUACCCGCUCUCCGGGGGGGCUGCGGGCAGUGGCCUGACAGGGAAGACGCCCAUGGCUCCCGGGGAGCACCUGCCCUACACACUCAGCUUGGAGGCCACCAUCACUUCCCAGCUCGGCAUCGACAGGGUCCAGUGCAACUGCCCCUUGAGUGCCACCGAGUACCUGGGAGAUAGGACUUCUGCUCAGGUGUCCUUGGCUGAGGGACACAAGUUUGACCGGGACGUGGAGCUCCUGAUUCACUACCGCGAGGUGCACGCCCCCAGCGUAGCUGUGGAGCUGGGCAAGCCUGCGGCGAAGCCCGUGUCCUUAUUUUUUUCUGGUGGUUUGAUGGGAGAUCCAUCUGCCAUGGUGAGUUUCUACCCAAAUAUCCCAGAAGACCAGUCACCAAUUACUUGUGGAGAAUUUGUCUUCCUCAUGGACUGUUCAGGAAGUAUGGGGUGUCCCAUGAGUAACCAGGAUAAAUCUCAGCUGCGCAUAGAGGCAGCCAAGGAAACGCUGAUUUGGCUGCUGAAGAGUUUGCCUAUAGGCUGUUACUUCAACAUCUAUGAAUUUGGAUCUUCCUAUGAGGCCUUCUUUCAGAACAGUGUGAAGUACACUCAGGACACCAUGGAGGAGGCACUGAGGAGGGUCAAGCUGAUGCAGGCUGACCUAUGGGGCACCGAAAUCCUGGCUCCACUCAAGAACAUUUACAGUGCAGCUUCCAUCCCAGGACACCCUCUCCAGCUUUUUGUCUUCACAGAUGGAGAAGUUGACGACACAUUCAGUGUCAUCAGAGAAGUGAAGAGCAACAGACUGAGGCACAGGUGUUUCUCUUUUGGUAUUGGAGAAGGAGCCUCCACUAGCCUAAUAAAAGGCAUUGCCCGGGUGUCAGGGGGCACGGCAGAAUUCAUCACAGGCAGCGAGAGGAUGCAGUCGAAGGCUCUUAGGGCCCUGAAACAUUCUCUGCAGCCUGUAGUGGAGGAUGUUUCUCUGAGCUGGAAUUUGCCUCCCGGUCUAGCUGCUAAAAUGCUUUCCCCAGAGCCCACUGUCAUCUUUAGGGGUCAGAGGUUAAUCAUGUAUGCCCAGUUGACUGGGAAGAUGCCGCCAGCAGAGGCAACAGGAGAAGUUUGCCUCAAGUAUGCCCUCCAGGGCAAGAGUUUUGAGAAUAAAGUGAUAUUUUCUCUACAACCCAAGUCUGAUGCCAACUUCACCAUUCAUCGCCUUGCUGCCAAGUCCUUCCUCCAGACCAAGGACAUGGGCGUCACAGAUACUCCAGCAAACGAUAAAAAAGAUGUGCUGAAAGUCAGCCUUGAGUGUGGAGUCAUAAGCUCCCACACAGCUUUCAUUGCCGUCAACAAGGAUCUCAACAAGCCAGUGCAGGGACCUCUGGUUCGUAGGGACAUUCCAAGGCCGGUUCUGUGUGGUAGUUCCUGGAUACCAGUGCUCGCUGGAGGUGCUGAUCGAAAGAUCGCCUUCUAUGAUCCUAUAGCUGAAUCCACGUCAUACCAUUGUACAUCAUACCAAAAGAAUGAUUUUUCUCACAGUUCCAUAAUAAACAGGACCCUGGGUUUUCUAGGACAAUUCAAACUUCCAGAUCUUGGUUUUAGAUCAAAGAAACCCAGGCCUGUCAGUGAAAGCCCUCUUGAAAUCGGGAGCACUGAUUUUUCAACCAACAGGACCAACUUGGAAACUAACGACACAGGUCCAGCCAACUCUUCAGCUCCUACUUAUAGAUCAGCAAUGCCCAGGUCUAUGAGAAAAAGCCUUCACAGGACAGGGGCUGUUUUGCCCAUGGCGAGCAACUUGACCGACUCGGAAACUAACCAUACAUACGAUCAUCUUGUGCAGCUGAUUUCCCUCCAAAACGCAGAUGGGUCCUGGUGUCUGAAUGAAGGUCUGGCCGUGGUUCUAGGUGUGAGUCUGGAAGAGAUUCUGGCUGCGCUCCCUCUCAAGGGCGCGGACACCUCGGGCUGGGCCACGGUCCUGGCAGUGCUCUGGCUGCAUGGCAACCGUGCGGACGUGAAGUGUGAGUGGGAGCUCCUGGAAAGGAAGGCUGUGGCCUGGCUUCACUCUCAUGCAGGCGCCCACACGCAUGCGCUUGUGAAGGCUGCUAUUGAUUUUCUGAAUUCCUCUGUUGAUCCUGCCGUUUUUGCCCCGUGAGCAUACCCAUCAGCAAUGCAAGUGCCUCUUUUCACGCUACUGUUUUCUCCUUUACACUUUCUUCUGCUGGAAUGUGUUUGUAUUUUACACCCACGCUGACAGUUUCUUGUCAUAAAGGUAAAGGAUGCCCACCCCGCCUGCCCUCUGUGUGCCAGGCUCCCUGCGGCUGUGGCUUCCUGUCCCCACAUGUGCCAUC